ACCGAUUUAUUCGUAUCAAUCAGCAACCCAAUCAUCUCCUAUCGUUUCUCUCUAGUUUAUUCGUUUUUAGUGUUACUUGUUCUAUUGUUUAUCCUUACUUUAAUUAAAUUCAAUCUUCAACUGUUCUAUACUAAUUACUUAUUUUUGCAGGCUUCUGUUACACUGUUUUGUUUUUGUUUUUGCAGCGCAUUUGAUUUCUAUCUGUUUGUAGGAAACGCUCACACACACCAAAAAUAUACGUACAUACAUUGUUUUGGUUCUUUUUGCUUUGUGUUUUUUUCUGCUAACGUAUGGAAACAGGAGCGAUAAAUUCAUCUGCAUCCUCGAACAAGACUAAAUCGCGAUGCCCGCUUCAAGAACAGUUACUCCAAAGAAGAAAUUCGAGGGAAAACUUGGAUCGGUUCAUACCAAACAGAUCGGCAAUGGAUUUCGACUAUGCACAUUACAUGCUUACAGAUGGGAAGAAAGGUAAGGAAAAUCCAGCUGUGGGCUCUUCUCCAUCCAGAAAGGCAUACAGGAAGCAGCUUGCGGAAACUUUUAACAUGAACAGGACCCGGAUUUUGGCUUUCAAGAAUAAGCCACCGAGCCCAGUGGAGGCCAUUCCAAAUGAGUUCUCAUCAGCUGCUCAUCAAGUCAAAUCUGCCAAACCCUGUCGGCACAUCCCCCAGACUUCUGAAAGGACACUAGAUGCCCCUGAUCUUGUGGAUGAUUACUAUUUGAAUUUACUAGAUUGGGGCAGCAGCAAUGUUCUUUCCAUUGCUCUUGGACACACAGUAUAUUUGUGGGAUGCUUCUGAAGGAACUACCUCAGAACUUGUUACUGUUGAUGAAGAAAAUGGUCCAGUGACUAGUGUCAAAUGGGCUCCUGAUGGAAGGCAUAUUGCUGUGGGUCUCAACAACUCUGAGGUUCAGCUAUGGGAUUCCACAGCUAAUAGACUGCUGAGAACUUUGAGAGGGGGUCAUAGGUCACGUGUUGGUGCUUUGGAUUGGAACAAUCACAUUUUGACAACCGGAGGGAUGGACGGUCAGAUCAUUAAUAAUGAUGUCAGAGUGAGAGCACACAUUGUCGAAACUUAUCAGGGACAUCAUCAAGAAGUUUGUGGCCUUAAAUGGUCAGCAUCUGGCCAGCAAUUAGCUAGUGGUGGAAAUGAUAAUCUCCUCCACAUAUGGGAUAGAUCCAUGGCCUCAUCAAAUGCCCCGACACAGUGGCUUCACAGGCUUGAGGAGCAUACAGCUGCUGUUAAAGCACUUGCAUGGUGUCCUUUCCAGGGUAACUUAUUGGCCUCUGGUGGAGGUGGAGGAGACAGGUGCAUAAAGUUCUGGAACACGCAUACCGGUGCAUGCUUGAACUCAGUAGACACAGGCUCACAGGUUUGUGCUCUUCUGUGGAACAAAAAUGAACGUGAACUGCUUAGCUCUCACGGUUUUACUCAGAAUCAGCUCACUCUCUGGAAAUACCCUUCAAUGGUGAAGAUAGCAGAGCUCACUGGUCAUACGUCACGAGUUCUUUUCAUGUCUCAGAGCCCAGAUGGAUGCACAGUUGCAUCUGCAGCAGGGGAUGAGACUCUCAGAUUUUGGAAUGUUUUUGGGACACCCGAAGUGGCUGCUAAGCCUGCAGCAAAGACAAGUUCAGAACCAUUUGCUCACUUGAACCGCAUCAGAUAAUUGGUAGUAACAAGUAUUAGAAUGAUGAAUCAUAGAAGCCUAUUCUAUCUCUUAGAAUUUUUAUCCUCUCACAGGCUCUAACCAGACUACCAGAAUGCAUCGUGACCGGAUAUUUGCCCUUUUUGCCUGUAAAGUUGGAAUACUUCUGAAUUGCAUUGUAUAUAAAAGUGUAGACUGUGUACAAAUUCUGUUGGCUAGUCACACAUCGUGACAAAUAUUUGCUAAACUCAUAUACUCUUAGUUCAUAAUGCAGAACAUUUCACCCAA